AUGAAUUCGAGUUAUUUAUUUAAAUUACCGUUUACAUGUCCAUCACAGUUCCCUAUCUUCACACGUUCAAUUAUCAGCGUGGUGUUUUUUGGGAGCGAUCAUUAUUCAUUACCUCAUUUACACGCCUUGGAAGAGCGUCAAUCUCAGCAUAAAGAUAUUCGAUUAUUGUUUGUGGUUACUACCUCGGAUAAAACUCCUGUUAGAUAUCAUUGUAUUCAAAAUAAAAUAGAUCACGUGAUUUGGCCACGCACGCUUACGAAUAAUUCAAUAAUCAUCAACGCUGUUAGUCAACGAAUAGAUAAAUUGAAAAGUAUUAAUUCCUUGAAUAAGCCAGAGAAAUUGUUAGGCGUAAUUGUUUCAUUUGGCCGGUUUCUACCCUCAUCACUAUUGUCUUUAUUCAAUUAUGGAUGCUUUAAUAUACAUCCAUCAUUAUUACCAAGAUGGAAAGGUUCUAACCCAUUAUUAUAUACUUUAUUAGCUGAUGAUAAAGUUACUGGGAUUACCUUAUUCCGAUUGAAUCCGAUGCAUACAACUUUCGACUCUGGAUCUGUUUUGUAUCAAAAGUCCAUUCGCCUACCUUGUAAUAAGAAUACAAUGUUAACACCGAAUCAAUUAGCUACAUAUUUAAUGCCACACAGCAUUAAUGCUAUGUUUGAGGUCAUUUUAUAUCCUAACUUACCAUAUUUAGUUGGUGUUGAUCAAUCGGUGAUUUCAGCGAAUUUCAACUUCCAAUAA